AUGUCUCACACCUCUGCAUCAGAUAUCCCCUCUCUUACCUCUCUCUACCGCAGUAACGAAUUAAAAGCUCCAAACCAUCCACCUCUCAACGGCGCCUCUUCGGCGUACAAUGAUCGCAUCGGCUUGAUCCGCGGGGACAUCACCACGUUAUCCGUUGAUGUCAUCGUAAACGCUGCCAACACCUCCUUACUAGGCGGCGGCGGUGUUGACGGUGCCAUUCACCGUGGUGCUGGCCCCGGACUACGUGACGAGUGUCGCACUUUGGGUGGUUGUUCUACCGGCUCGUCUAAGAUCACCGACGCAUACAACCUUCCUUGUAGAAGGGUUAUACAUACUGUAGGCCCCGUCUAUAAUGAUACCAACCCUGCCAAGAGCGAGGCUGCCCUCCGCAGCUGUUACCAAUCGAGCUUGGACCUCGCUGUGCAGAAUGAUCUGAAGACUAUCGCCUUUAGCGCAAUCAGCACCGGUGUUUACGGCUAUCCGAGCGACGGGGCCGCCCAUGUUGCCUGUGAUACCGUCAGAAAGUUUAUGAAUAGCGACGAUGGCCAUAAGCUAGAUAAGGUCAUCUUCGUCACGUUUGAACUGAAGGAUGAAAGAGCAUACGCAAAAGUUAUACCCCGUCAUUUCCCACCCGCCAUCUCUGACACUGGCGACGGUGCUACUUGA